CCUUUGUCAGAAAGUUCACCUGUCCACUGCCAACAGAACAGGAAAAAAUUAGGAGCUUGCCUCAGGAGCAACUAGCUUUUAUCACAGAGAGUGACAUCAGGUUGAGAAGGUUAAUACUUUUCCCCUCAGUUGGAGCCCCACCUUUUAAAAUGACUCACAAUCAUCUGAACUCACACGGAUAAUAAAAACCAUUACACUUCAAUAAAAGUAGUAAUUCCUGUGGCUCAUGGGAAGAGGUGCAGAGGUCAACUGUGCACAAUGACGGGAAAAGGCAUGAAAAAUCAGUCGCUGCGGCUUUUACUUCCACGCGGGUUUUUUUUUUUUUUGGAGGGUGGGUUUGUUUUUAAAACACUGGUGUCACAGUUUCUUGACACAAGGACUUCUGAAAAGCGAGCAGCAACAGCGGCAGGCAGAGCGCAGCUGGGGCUGCAGGAUCCGCCUCCUGACAGCAGCAUCCACAGGGGCUCCGCGGGAACCGACUCCAGGCAGGGGCACCGGCAGGGCCCGCACCGCGCGAAUUCCCGGGGCGCCGAGGGCACUGCAGCCACAGCCCCCCUCGGCUUUACUGUGACAGCGCUGCGGGAAGGCGGAGGGAGCUGCGAAGCGUCCCCACUCCCCCCACCGCUGCCGCCGCCAUUUUGUUCCCUCUCCCUCCCCUCCCCUCCCCACACGCGUCCCGCCGGAAGUGGCGCGCGCCCCGCCCCAUCAUGCACCGCGAGCGCGGCCACGCGCGCCGCCCGCACCAAGCUGCCGUCCGGGCUCCCAGCUGAAGGAGAGAGCGUUCGGCACGGGACCGGGGAGCGCCGGGAGGCGGCGGAGGCCCGGAAGCUGGGCCGGGGUGCGAUGGCAGCCUCCUCCUCAUCCUCCUCGGCCGGUGGAGUCAGUGGCAGCUCCGUGACAGGGUCGGGGUUCAGCGUUUCGGACCUGGCGCCGCCCCGGAAAGCCCUCUUCACUUAUCCCAAAGGAGCCGGGGAGAUGCUGGAAGGUGAUUGCUGCUGUCCUUCUCCUUCCCUGCUCCUCCUCCAGCUGCUGACCUUCGCACCCCACUGGCAAAAGCUGGAGAUGGCUCUGAGAGGUUCCUCUGCGAGUCUGUGUUCAGCUUUCAGGUUGCAUCAACAUUAAAGCAAGUGAAGCACGAGGGGGGCACACGGACAGUGUGGCUGCGGGGAGGGCGACCUCGUAACUCGGCCCGGGUUCCCGCUGGAGCGCAGCCGGAGCACUGGGUGAGCGGGGAAACCCUCUGGAGCAAAUGCCAGAAGCACUCCUCAGCCCCUGCCGUCGUUCUGGGGGAUGGACACAAACUGUCCCAGGGUUGGGUGAGGGGCCAAGCGGCGUCACCUCCUCCAGCAGUGCCUCGGCCAUUGCCCAAGCUGUUCCCUCUUCAUCACUGUUUCUGUGGUAGCGCUGGCAGGAUACUGCUCUGUCUUUAUUACCCUGAAACUUUGUCCUCUUUGUUCUGUAUUAGAUUUCUCUGUGACAAUAAAAUAACUCUGUCUUUGAAA